GGGACAGUGUGGGCAUGUGCGAGGGAUCUCCACAGUGUGGCCUUUGGGGACACAGCUGGGUUCAAAUUCCAGCCCUGUGUGAGCUCGGCCAAGUCGCUUCCAGGCCUCAGGCUUACCACCGGAAAAUGGCGCUCCUGCUGCCUCCUCAGCGUGGCGAGGGGAUGGCAGGAGCUGGCUGACAUGCAGAGCCCAGGAGGGACCGUCUGCCCACCAGGGACUACGGGAGAAACCGAGCACCAUGCUGUGCGGGGAAAGGAUCGAAUCAUAUUUGUGACCAAAGAAGACCACGAAACUCCAAGCAAUGCCGAGCUGGUGGCUGACGACCCCAACGAUCCGUACGAGGAGCAUGGAUUGAUCCUGCCAAAUGGGGACAUUAACUGGAACUGCCCGUGCCUUGGGGGAAUGGCCAGCGGCCCCUGUGGGGAACAGUUCAAGUCGGCCUUCUCCUGCUUCCACUACAGCACGGAGGAGGUCAAGGGGUCAGACUGUGUAGCCCAGUUCCGGGCCAUGCAGGAGUGCAUGCAGAAAUACCCGGACCUCUAUCCCCAGGAAGACGAGGAGGAGGAGGAAGAGAAGAAGCCCGCAGAACCCUUAGAGGAAAGAGCUCCCACUGAGGCUGCUGCAACCACAGAGGAGGAGGGGUCAAGCUAGUGAGGCCGCGAGGCCCGGCUGCCGUCCUUCACCUUCAGAGUGAUAGGAACCUUUUGCACAAUGCCUUUUGGUCACUCUCCAAGAAAGUGUCUUUCCCUCUGUUGUUCUGUGCACUGUAAUGUACAAAAUAACUUAUUUUGAUCCUCAGGGGUCUUGGCCCCUUGACAUAUACACUGAGAAAGAUGGAGUCGAAUGUCUGUGUGUGUCACAUAAGCCUGUCAGCAAAUGUAGCUGCCACUUUUGAAUUUUCUUCUCAGAUUGCCCUGAAUUUUGCCACUUUGAAAUAAUGUGCUGAAUAUUCUCAGCAUUGUGAGUGAGCUGAUUUAUUCUGAUUCAUUAUAGCCCUUUUAGUAGAUUUUAUACUGCUUUGGGAAAUGAAAUAGAAAAAGAAACACCAAAAACUUCCUUUAAAAAAUGCUGGAGUGGGUCCAUUCCUCAUAGAAGAGGCCAGAAGAUCAGAUACUUGUUUCUCAAAAACCGUCUUACCCUUGAGUAUACGAGCAGGAACUGUACUCCGUGUUUCGCAGAUUUGGUUUCGUUUUACAUUGAGCUCCAGGUUUUCUGUGGAAAGCGGAGCUCUGGACCCUCAGGUUCACAGUCCUUCCUAAGUGAGAGAAAGGCUGGUUUCUGCCAUUCUUAUUGUUCCUAAAGCCUGGAUCGGGGCCUGCGCUCACACGGGCUCUGUCUCAGCCUGUUCAGAUGCCAUGUUCUUGAGAGAAGGGGACCUGAUUCUUACCAAAGUAGCAGCCAAGAGAGGACAUGCUGUGAACUAAGUAGUCAGUUAAAAGGAAAACAUGAUUUUUAUCUAAUUCUGAGUAUGUCCUUUGUUUUUGCUAAUUAAAAGUGUUUUUGAUGUAAGGAAAUAAAAUUAUGAAAAUUUAA